AUGCCAGCACCGCCACCGCCAGCACCGCCACCGCCACCGCCAGCCCCCCCGAAGGCUGCUUCGGGUGAAAAGACCACGACCGUUGGCGGUGCUGCGUCGGCUCUUUUUGCAGAGAUUCAAAGCUGCGGUGACAACAUCGCGACGCGACUGCGUCACGUGCAGGACCACGAAAAGGCGUACAAGCAGAAAAUUCAGCACGGCGAAUUAGACUUCUCUGAUUUUGAGGUGAAAAAGGCCGAGGCGGAUGCACGGCGUCAAGAGCAAAGUAAUUUGACGGCCGCUGCCACAGUGGAUGAACCGGUGCUGCAGCUUGAGGGCGAUAAGCGCUGGGUUGUGAAGUACCAGAAGGGUACAAGUGCCGAGCAGAAAAAAUUGACUCUUGACAAGGUGCACAUGCGGCAUGCCGUUCAGAUUUGCAACUGUGAAUAUGUCAUGGUUGAAAUUAAGGGUAAGGUGAAUUCGGUUUCUGUUUUUUCCUGCAACCGAGUACAGAUUGUGAUGGAGAGCGUGGUGUCCUCCCUUGAGGUGCUGAAGUCGGGGAACGUGGACGUGAAAGUGCAUCGAGCCGUCCCAACCGCCUCUGUAGAGAAGAGCACAUCGGUAAAUUUAUACCUUAUGGAAAGGGAUGAAGCGCUUCAAACGGAGAUUGUUACGGCAUGCAGUUCUGCAGUGAAUGUCAACUUUCCCUCGGAAGAGGACGCCAACGACAUCAUUGAGCGGCCUCUACCGGAGCAGUUUGUUUCCAAGAUUGUGCGUGACAAAAAGGGCGGAUUCAAAAUUGCCACAACCCCCUGCGAGAAUGUUUAG